AUGCCGUCGUUGUUUGCUUUUCCUUUUCGGCUGAAGCCCAGGUAUCAAACUGUCCAAGGUUAUUCUGACGGUGAAGACGGAACACUGAGCGAGUUGAACCACGAGAUUGAUGAUGGAUCCGCGAAACAAACGCCGCGGGGUUGGAUACCCUAUUCAACGUGUUUUGUGUGGCUAAAUCUAGCUCUCUUUAUACUGUCGAGCACACUUUUCGUCUUGUCUCUCAGACCGUCACGCCCACUGUAUGUAGACCGCAUCGAGGGGCAGCGAAGGAACCAUGAAUGGAGGCAUCUAGCCAUGCCAUCGCCCCUUCUCGAUGAGGCGGACAUACGCAUUAUCCGGAAGCGCAUCAACGGGACUCUCCUGAACACCAAGCCGCCAAUCAUUUACCGGCAAGAACCGAGCCACGAGGUGGACAGAGCGUGGGCGUCGCUGUACGAUACCCGGCCCAUCGCGCUGACGCGCGAGCAGGUGCUCGCCAUCGGCAAGGACCCGGCUGAGGCGGUCCGCAUCCCGCCCGACUGGGGACGCGGAAAUGACAGCUACUUCGGGCGCCUAGACGUCUUCCACCAGCUGCACUGUCUGGAUGCGCUGCGGCGCGAAGCCCGCUUCGACCACUACUACGCGGCGCGCUACCCGGGCGGGUUCAACAGUACGAGCGGGCUGCACCAGCUGCACCUGACGCACUGCGUCUGGCUGCUCGCGCAGAACAUCAUGUGCUCGGCCAGCACCGACGUGUACACGCACGUGUGGACCGACACGCUCGAGCACCCGUUCCCGGACUUCAACAUUCAGCAUCGGUGCAAGGACUACGAUGCCGUGUUGGCAUGGCAGCGGCACAAUGCGCUGGACGAGGGCGCCUUUGUGGAUCUGAGGCGGCCUGAGGGCUAUCCCUACCGCGUUAUGACGCACGAGUUCAAGGAGAUCCACGGCUGGUUCGCAGAACACGAAGACAACGGGGAUUUUGAGUCGGGGGAGAUUGCCUAG